AUGAGCCUCCACACACGGCAGGGCCGUACCCUGCUGCGGCUGUCGAUCGUCUUCAACAUCCUCAUCGUCGCCGCCAUCUUCUGGAUAUACAGCUUCCCGAUCGACGACCCGGCCUUGACGCGCUCCGCCGCCGACGGCGAGCCCUCAAUACGCGUCGUCGAGAAGGUCGUCGAGCGGGUAGUCGAGAAGGUGGUCGAGGUGCCGCAGAUCGUCUCGGGGGCAUCAUGUUCCCUGUGCACUGCGAACGCGACGCUGUGCGACGAGAUGAGCGAGGGAUCAGUCGAGGCCUCCAUCUCGUACAGGGGCACGAACCAGCGCCUGCGGAGAGCGCUGGCCAAGAUGCGCUCCGGCAAGCCGUUCAACGUUGCUGUCGUCGGCGGAUCAGUCUCAAGAGGUCACACCCUCAAGGAGGACCCCGAGGAGACGUGCAAGGCCAACCUGCAUCGCCGUAUCUUUGACCACCUGGACGCCAAGUUCCCCGGCAAGGGCGAGGCGUUCAUCUCGCUGCCGUCGACCGAGUCCAAGAAGGGCGAGGGGCGGAAUGGGUUCGUCAACGGCGCGCAGGGCGGGACGGGGAGCGACUACUUCUCCAUGUGUUUCCAGGAGCAUAUCCCUACCGACGUUGACAUUGUCAUUGUCGAGCUGGCUAUCAACGACCAGAACUACCUCGAGUUCCAGCGGCCGUACGAGCUCCUGCUCCGCGGGCUGCUGGACCUGCCCUCGCAGCCGGCCAUCAUCAACCUCCAGACGCUUGCGCUGCCUCUUCACGCGCUCGUGAGCGGCGCGAUCCCGCACACGGCCAUCGCGCAGUACAUGGACGUGCCGACGAUUUCGCUGCAGCACGCGGUCAUGCCCCAGAUCCUCCGCGACGAGGCGUACACGAAGCAGGUGUUCGUGGUGCACGACGACGGCGAGGUGGACGGGCGCCACCUCAGCCGGUGGGGCCACCAGAAGAUGGGCGACAUUGUGAAUGCGUACCUGGACACGCAGCUGUGCGAGAUGGACCGACUCGAGGCGGCGGAGAAGAAGCGCACGGGCAAGAGCGACAUUGACAUCGACACGCUGUACAAGCUCGAUCCCUUGCCUCGUCUCCUCACCUCCGACCAGUGGGACCCGAAGCGCACCAUACCGGCGCUGAGGCCGACGUGCGCGUCGAUGAACUCGCCCAACAAGCCUGUGCCGGCGAAGAACGACGGCUGGACCGAGUGGGCGUGGAAGGACAAGAACUACAUGAUCACCAAGACGCCGGGUUCGACCAUCUCGUUCGAGGUGAACACCGGCAUUGGCAUCGUGCAGAUCUUCUACCUCCGCUCGUGGGAGUUCCACCUCGGCGUGCUCAAGUGCUGGCUCGACGACAAUGAGGCCGCCGCCGUCACGAUGCAGGGCUACUGGGACCAAAAGUUCAACAUUGGCCAGCGGUACGACGUCGCCAAGGACGCGUCCCCGGGCAAGCACAUGCUCAACUGCAAGUUCUUGGGAAAGGACGGCAACAAGGCGAGCGGGGACGAGUUCCGCAUCAUCUCGGUUAUGAGCAUCUAG